AUGUUUGCCCACUUCACUUCCACUCUGGAUGAAAAGGAGCUUCCAUGUUGGCUUGCAGUGGGCAUGUUCCUGGUUGGGGAUGUGAGGCAGUCAGACAUGGCAAUAGCCAACCCGGCGAGCAACUCUGGCACAGGGGAGCAGGUUCCCGCAGGUAAAACGAGACAGCAGCUCCCAGGCAGAGAGAAAGUGAGAGAGAAGAGUAUGAAUCACCCAGUGCUUAUCUGGGAGAGAGAGACUGAGAUGAGGAAGAAGAAACCAGAGACAACAGUCUCCACUCCAACCCAACUGCACAUUACUGAGCAGACAAGACCUCCACAAUGUACAGGGCAGGAAGCUGAGAUUGUGCUGAAAUCUCGGGGGGUUCAUGGAAGUUUCCUGGUCCGUCACAGCAAGAAAAAAACAGAAGACUUCUCACUAUCUCAUCCCCAACACACAAAAAUCCCCUUCAGCCUUUGGCAGCAAUGUAUCGCAAUUGGGGUCUUAUGGCAGAAGCGGAUCUCAAUUCUACAUUAUUCCUGCAGGGUCAAAGACUCAGUAACGCACAUCAGGAUCCGAUAUACUGGUGACUACUAUGAUCUUUAUGGGGGGAAGCCGUUUGUCUCUCUGUCUGGCCUGGUGGAGUUCUACACGGGACAAGCAAAUCUACAGGAUACCUCUGGGAACCGCAUUGAGCUGAAAUACCCGCUGAAUUGCUCAGACCCCACCAAUGAGCGGUGGUAUCACGGGUACCUCUCAGGCCCUGACGCUGAAAAGUUGCUGCAGAAGACGGGGGAGCCCUGGACCUUCCUGGUUAGAGAGAGUCGCAGCAACCCGGGGGAUUUUGUCAUCUCCAUCCUAACCCCAGAGCAGAAAGAUGGGGUGCACAAGGUGACACAUGUCAUGAUAUAUACAGAGAGGGAUAAUUAUAAAAUCAGCAUGGAGAAGUUUGCGUCACUUACAGACCUUAUUGCGUUUUACAAGAAGUGGCCGAUAACGGAAGUAACAGGGAGAAAUUUAUACCUAAAGAAGGUUAGUGACCACCAUCCUCCUCCCUCUGUCUCUCUUGUGUCUUCACUUUAUCUCUCUUUACCAUUCCUUCAUCUUUUUAGUCAGCAUAAGAAUAAUGGCCCCCAGGGCCGCCACAGGGGGGACAGUCGUCCCGGGCCCGGGCAAUCUUCACUGGCCCGGCCACACUACAGUUUUCUGACUAGCUCGGGCCCCCUUUAA